UCUUGUCCCACCAGCCGUGCACUUGCUGUAGGAGUGUUUGCAGCGGAUAAUCAGCAACAACAUACACUAAAUUAUUAAUCAGGUUUCCCCUCAAGUCAGCGGUGAUACGUGAACAGAUGCUUCGAGACUCUGAACCAAGCACAGAUAAAGCCCUCAUCAAUGACUGCGCUGUGGUCAAAGAUCUCUGCUGUUUUGCCUCUGAAUGAGGCACAGUUUCCACUUCAGUUCACCGACAAAGUGGAGUCAAGCGUGGUGGACGUGCUGAAGCGGUCCAGGCAGCAGCUAUACGGUGACGCUUCAAGUGCCAGCCGCGUGCUUAACGCUCAGAUUAUAUUGGAUAUUUCAUGGGAGAAGCUCAACACGGGGACGUGGCGCGAUGUGGACAAAGAGUGGAGACGUGUUUAUUCCUACGGCUGUCUCUUUAAAGUGGCGGCGCUGUGUCGUGAGGAUCCAUCGCCAGAAACGAUCCAGCAGGCCAUCAGGACCUGUGACAUGGGAUUACUCAUGGGCGCAGCCAUCAUGGACAAUAUUCUUCAUGUCCUCAUCCAGAUUCUUCAGGUUGAAGUCAAGAAAGACGCGGCCGAGGAGCCUCAGACUGAACACGUCCUCUCCAAGAAAGCAAAGAUGGAGUCUCCACACGUUCCUGUGAUCAAGCCAACUAUGGCAGUUCCCCGGAUAAAAUGUCCCUCACUGGAGAGCUUCAAGACGAAUUACCUGCUUCCCCUGAGGCCCGUUGUGUUAGAGGGGGUCAUAGACCACUGGCCAGCCCUCAACGAACACCCCUGGAGCAUAGAAUACUUGAGAUCCGUCGCCGGGUGUCGGACCGUACCUGUUGAACUGGGAUCAAGGUACACUGACGAGGAGUGGUCCCAAACACUUAUGACGGUCGGUGAAUUCAUCGAUCAGUAUAUUUUAACCAAAGAUGGAGUGAAAGAUGUGGGUUAUCUUGCUCAGCAUCAGCUUUUUGAUCAGAUACCAGGACUGAGAGAGGACAUUCGCAUUCCUGAUUAUUGCUGUCUCGGCGAGGGAGAUGAAGACGAUAUUACUGUUAAUGCGUGGUUUGGACCCGGAGGCACCGUGUCCCCACUUCACCAGGACCCUCAGCACAACUUCCUGGCGCAGGUGGUGGGAAGCAAAUACAUUCGCCUAUAUUCCCCGGAGGACACAGACAAGCUCUACCCUCAUCAAUCACAGCUCCUUCACAAUACCAGUCAGGUUGAGGUGGAGAAUCCAGACGAGGAGCGGUUCCCAGGGUUCGCCGAGGCUCCGUAUCAGGAGUGUGUGCUGCAGCCCGGGGAUGUGCUGUUUAUCCCUGUCCGGCACUGGCACUACGUUCGAUCCCUACAACUCAGCUUCUCUGUAAGCUUCUGGUGGUCGUGACGACACAUCCAUAACGAGACAUGAUUUUGCACGUGUAAGGCAAAAUUGGAGUUAAAUUUGUGAAAAUCAACCCAUCCGUCCUCUCUCUCUCUCUCUCUCUCUCUCCCUCUUUUGGAGUUCAGAGCUAAUUUGAGGCUAAUUCUCCAAAUUGUUGGUACAACCGUUGAUCAUACAAAGCUUUGAUCCAUGAACAGUGAACACACACCGCUGAAUGAUUUGUUUAAUUGUGCUGCUAAUAAUUGCAAAACAUUUAUUUUGUUGAAAGCCAUGAGCAGGGGGGAAAAAUAAAUAAAUAAAUAAAUGAGCAGUUAAAACUGUUUGUGCUCAU